AUGUCUCCCGGAAAGGUUUCCUCUCUCGACUUCGAGAAGUUCUACAACAUCGUCAACGGUGAGAAGCGUGGCUCUGACCAGAUCCACCACGGUAUCAACCCUGCCACUGGCCAGGAGCUCUGGGACGUACCAAUUGGUAGUAACCAGGACUUGAACGAUGCUGUCGCUGCCGCAAAGAAGGCUUUUCCUUCGUGGAAAGCUACACCAAUUGAGAAGCGCAAGGAAAUUCUUGGACAGCUGAUUGGUCUCUUCCAGCAGCAUGAGGACGAAUUCGUCUCUCUGCUCUGCAAGGAGUCUGGCAAGCCCAGGAAGUUCGCUGCUAUCGAGGUCGGCGGUGUUGGCGCCUUCAUUGGCUACCACACAACGCUCGACAUCCCCUCCGAGAGCUUCGAGGACGACGAGAAGACAGUCUACACAGAAUACUCACCUCUCGGUGUAUGCGCAGCUAUUUGCCCGUGGAACUUCCCUCUGCUCCUGUCGGUCGGCAAGAUUGCACCUGCGGUCAUGACUGGCAACACCAUCAUUGUGAAGCCCUCACCAUUCACACCCUACACCUCAUUGAAGUUCGUUGAGCUGGCUCAGGAGAUCUUCCCUCCUGGUGUCAUCCAGGUCGUUGGCGGUAACAACGAGCUCGGCGCAGAGAUGUGCAAGCACCCCGACAUUGCGAAGAUCUCCUUCACUGGUUCCAUCGCCACAGGAAAGAAGGUCAUGGAGACAGCCUCCAAGACCCUCAAGCGCGUCACCCUCGAGCUCGGCGGCAAUGACGCCUCCAUCAUUCUCCCCGACGUCGAUGUCAAGAAGAUCGCGCCCGAGGUCGUCAUAGGCGCGUUUCAGAACUCCGGCCAGGUCUGCGUCGCCACAAAGCGCAUCUACAUCCACGAGUCCAUCUACAAGGAGUUCGUACAGGAGAUGGUCAACUUCACAAAGAACAUCAAGGUCGGCAACCCUGACGAUGGCGACAACCUGCUCGGACCCGUGCAGAACAAGAUGCAGUACGACCGCGUCAAGGGCUUCUUCGAGGACAGCAAGGCCAAGGGCUACAAAUUCGCUGUUGGCGAGCCCGAUGUCUCUACAUCAAAGGGCUACUUCAUCCAGCCCACCAUCAUCGACAACCCGCCCAACGACUCCCGCAUCAUCCAGGAGGAGCCCUUCGGCCCCAUUGUGCCUACCCAGCCGUGGUCCGAUCUCGAGGAAGUCAUUGCUCGCGCCAACGACUCAAACACCGGUCUCGGUGCCUGCGUGUGGGGUAAGGAUGUAGAGAAGGCCUCGCAGAUUGCGCGAAGACUGGAAGCUGGAUCCGUCUUCGUCAACUCGUAUGAGAAGCCGACGCCUCAGGCUACUUUUGGUGGGCAUAAGGAGUCUGGUAUUGGUGGUGAGUGGGGCAAGACCGGCCUGCUCGCUUACUGCAACCCUCAUGUUAUUCACGUGUACAAGUCUUAG